GAGCUAUAUAUAUGGUCUUUGACGAAACUAACACUACGCCAAGACGUUCUAUUUCAUGCGAAACUAUGCGCUCAAAUAACUAUCAUCACAAGGCAAAUUUAUGAGGAACGAGUGAAGAGAGAAAAUCACUUAGCUCCCUAUGUCCGAAGUUCGAACGACAAACACACUACCUGAUGAUCGCAAGAAGUCGUUAUUAUCGAUCACCAGAGAUCAAUGGCAUGGAUAACGAUCGGCAAGUAGAAGACAUCGCCACAGCAUCGGCUAGCGAUGAGUUCGCAUUGAAGACCUGUGCGUUAGACAUUGAUUCGGCAUUGUCCUGGUACGACUAUGAAGAGACAGAAGGCUUACAGCAACCAUUGGACUCCAAGCGUCUCAUUGGUCCCAAUGUCAUCGCAGCCGGGCAGGAGCGUAGGCUAGAAGACACAGAAAUUCGUGAAACUAGGGAGCUGAUGGACGCCCCGUGGCUCGCGCGAUGGCUGCAACACGACCCGAGAUGCUCUCCAGGAUCCAGGCCUCAGGCCCACAGCAUCGUUACACAUUCUUGCUCAUGCGUUUACAAGCACUAUGAGCGAGCGACGUUCAAGGGCAACGGCCCGGCGGCCCGAUUGAAUACGACAGCAGCGGGCGGAAAGUCGAGAGACUCCUAG